ACAUACAAGAAAGCUAGCACCGAUUUAAAUUGAUUUCAAGAUGAGGCAACUGCCAAAGCUGCUUGCAUUCUUGGCCCUGGUCGCCUUUGCCGUUGGCAUCAACAUCAACGCCAAUGAUCCGUGCUACUUUGAGGGCAAGCCGCGCAAGUGCCUGCCCAGCUUUGUGAACGCAGCCUAUGGCAAUCCCGUGCAGGCUUCCAGUGUCUGUGGCUCUCAGCAGCCGGAACGAUUCUGCGAAUUGCUGCGCGACGGCAGUCCCGGUGAGUGUCGUGUCUGUGACAAGUCUGUGGAUCAUCGGUACGGUGCCGCCGCUCUAACGGAUCUCAAUAAUCCCAGCAAUGUGACCUGUUGGCGCUCGGGGAGCGUGAAUGUACCACAUGAUCCGGACACAGCGCCCCCCGACAAUGUUACACUGACCUUGUCGCUGGGCAAGAAGUACGAGCUGACCUACAUCUCGCUCUCGUUCUGUCCCAAAUCGCCCAGACCCGACUCCCUGGCCAUCUACAAGAGCUCCGACUUUGGACAGACCUGGCAACCGUUUCAAUUCUACAGCUCGCAGUGUCAGAAGUUUUACGGCCGUGCGGAUCGUGCCAAGAUUAGCAAGUUCAAUGAGCAGGAGGCACGUUGCAUGAACUCACAGCACGAUGGAGCAGCUGGAGGAGGUGGAGCCGGCCAGAGAUUCGCCUUUAACACGCUAGAGGGUCGUCCAUCAGCCAACGAUUUGGAUGCAUCACUCGUGCUACAAGAUUGGGUAACAGCAACGGACAUUAGAGUGGUCUUCCAUCGGCUAGAGUUGCCACCACAGUUGCUGCUGAGUCGCGAGAGGGCCAAGGCCAAGGUCAAGGGCAAUGCCAAUAGCUUUAGCGAUGAGAUGACUGGCAGCCAGGAAGAGGGGGAGCUCGAUGGACACGAGUUGGAUGAACAGGACGAGUACGACUAUAAUUUGCAGGAAAACGACAGUACUGGCUACGAUCAGGAGGAGUACGAGGAGCCUAAAAAACACCUGGAGCUCGAUGAUGAACUGCAUCUGGACUAUGCUAAUGACGGCAUUGGUACUGGCGAGAGCAAGCGUCAGUCCAAGCUCAAGAGUAGCGCCUAUGAGAAGCACUUCCAAGGCAAACUUACGACCAGCACUUCUCCGCCUCCACCUCCGAAUCCCAAUCCGACUCUGCCGGCCAAAGUAUCGCUGGAAAGCAAAACAUCCACGUCCUCCCUGGCUGCAUCGAAUCUUGUCGCCGUGCAGCAGCUACUAUCGGUCUCGCAGCACUAUGCCGUCUCUGACUUUGCCGUCGGCGGUCGCUGCAAGUGCAAUGGCCACGCCUCCGAGUGCAUUGCAACGACAUCCAGUGUCCAGAGCAGUAGCUCAGCUCAUGCGGAUGCGGAUGAUGGCCAGGACAACGAUGAUAUGGCCACCUCGCUGCAUAACCAUUUUGGACUAGGACGCACUACGUCAUCUUUACAGUUGAAUGCCAAACUGACCAUGACAUGCGCCUGCAAGCACAACACCGCCGGACCUGAAUGCGAAAGAUGCAAACCCUUCUAUUUCGAUCGACCCUGGGGACGUGCCACCGACAACGAUGCCAACGAAUGCAAGAUGUGCCAGUGCAAUGGACAUGCUCGUCGCUGCCGCUUUAAUCUGGAAUUGUACAAGCUUUCGGGUCGUGUGUCCGGCGGGGUAUGCUAUAACUGUCAACAUGAUACGACCGGACGCUACUGUCACUAUUGCCGGGAGGGAUACUAUCGGGAUGCCACCAAGCCGCCCAAUCAUCGCAAAGUGUGCAAACGCUGCGAUUGUCAUCCCGUGGGCUCCACAGGCAAGACGUGCAAUCAUUUGAGUGGUCAGUGUCCUUGUAAAGAGGGCGUCACCGGGCUGACCUGCAAUCGUUGUGCACGCGGCUAUCAACAGACGCGCUCACAUGUGGCACCCUGUAUAAAAGUGCCCACCAAUGCGAAUAUGAUCCAGGCAGAAAGCGCUGGCGGCGGCGGCGGAGGAGGUGCUGGCGAUUACAAGGAUGGCGGUGGCUCACAGGCUGAGGAAAUGAAAAAGUAUUGCGGCAAGUGCAAGGCCAGUCCCAAGAAGCUAAACUUGAAUAAGUUCUGCAUGGAGGACUACGCUCUGCUGGCAAAGGUAAUUGGCCACGAUCGUGCCUCUCAGGACAUCAGCACAGAAAAGUUCUCGAUUGAGCGACAGAACGAGAUCUACAAAUAUGAGAUCAACAUCCAAACCAUAUUUAAGCGCAAUCCCAUGUCGGGCACCACAAGCUCACUGCUGGGCCGUGGCAAUAUGAUGCUGCUGGUGCCGCGCAAGAGCAUUGAGUGUCAGUGCCCCAAGAUCAAGCUGAACAAAUCUUAUCUCAUACUUGGACGCGACUCGGAGGCAGCGCCGGGCUAUCUGGCCAUUGGACCCAGUUCCGUUGUGUUGGAGUGGAAGGACGAGUGGUCGCUGCGCAUGAAACGCUUCCAGCGGCGCGCUCGUAAAUGUAGUUGAAUCGAACCGGAAACGGAAUAUGUCAGAGCGGAUUUCAAUUUCAUACACUUGGCUAGGUAUCGGUUUUUGUAUAAAUUGUACAGUUUACUCAAGUUUCUGACCUUUUUCGGCAUCUUGCCUUAAUUAAUCACAUACAUACACACAUAUACACUAUACACUAGACACUAUAGCGGAGUCUGUCCAACCGCCCCCUCCCACCCCACAAAUAAAUUAUUUAUGCAUUCUACAUAUUUUCGAUAUCUGUUAGUUAAGCAUUCUAGUCUUCACUAUAAACUUCAAACUUAAACUGAACAACACGCCAAAUGCUAAUUACACUUCAGCAUGUGCGUGUGUGUGAGUGUGAGUGUGUGUGUGUCCACAACAGCUAUGCGGGCCAUAAAAAACGGUUAUAAAUAUGAAGAAAAAAAAAACAAGUGCGAAAAGAGUUAAUGUUGAAUAUUUGCUGUUGCUGUUGUUGCAGUUGCAUGUCGCGUGUCCAGACGAACAGCAGAUGAGCAGGAGACGUGCCUCAGUCGGUGUGACAGGGGCAUAGACGGGGGUAAGUGGUAAGGGGUAAUGGACAUGGAUAUGGAUAUGGGUUAUCGGUUAUGGGUAGACAAACAGGCACAGUCAACACAUAUGUUAAGUGUAGUCAGAAACCAACAGGCAGCAAAGCUUUCACAUUGCAUAACCAGCAGUAGAUGUAUUCAA